AUGGUUGACGCUGCUUUUUAUCGAGCUGAUAUCAAUCGAAACAACUCAUUAGAUUUAAAUGAAUUUCGUAGUUUUGUUGAACAAAACAAUGGUGGUAAUGGUUUUACAUCACAUUCAUCAUCACACGAAUCAUCAUCAACAGCAGGACCAUUUGGUGGAGCCCAUUACGAAGCUUCUUAUCGAAGUGAAGCUGAUUCUGGUUUAGCAGGUGGUGUUAAUGGUAGUUAUAACAGUACAUCAUCAUACUCAGCUAGUAAUACUGGAUAUGGUGUUGAUUCUGGUUUAGCUGGUGGUGUAGGAUAUGGUGCUGCUGGUUUAGUUGGUGGUGGUGCAGGAUAUGGUGUAUCAUCAACAGAAUCUGUAAAUUCAGCUGCUGUUCAAUCUUAUGCAACAGAUUCACGAGGAUUAUUUCAAGAUAGUAAUCCACAAAUUAUUCGUCGUCCAGCUCCCAAUGGUCCAUUAACUUAUACACAAAAUAUUCGAGUACGAUUUCUUCAACCACCACCAAUUCCACCACCAGGCCCACUCAUUAUAAAAGAAGUGCGUCCACCUCAACCACCUCCACCACCACCUCUUCGUAUUCGUCAACAAGCUCCUCCACGUCCUCAACCACCUCCACUUGUCUUACGUGAACGACCACCAGUACCACCACAAAGUGUUGCUUCACAAACAGUUAUUCGUCGACUUGCUGCAUUACCUGUUCCACCACGAUCAACAAUUAUCGAACGUUUACCUGCUGCUCCAGCACGUCCUCGUGAUAUCAUCAUUGAACGUUGGGUACCUUAUGGUGCAGCUGCAAAACGUCGUACUAUUGUUCAACGUGCUGCAGCAGCUCAACAGUAUGCACGACCACGCAAUGUUAUUAUUCAAUAUGAUAAUGUACAAGCUCGUAUUGUUCGUCAGUUCCAAAAAUUAGGUGUACAACUUGAAAAUCCUGUAGCAUAUGUACAACGAUAUGGUGCUCAACUUCUUGAUUCAGUAACACUUGUUCAACAAGCACGAGCAGCUGGUGUUACUGAAGAUAUUUCACCACCUGUUGUUGCUGGUUCAUUUGCUGCUACUGAAGGUCAAUUUUCAUCAACUGGUGGUGCUACAGGUGCUGGUGGUCUUACUGGACAAGGUUAUGGUGGUAUUGCUGGUGAAAUGAAUUUUGAAGCUACUGCUGGUGGUGUUGGAUCACGUGCAAAUAUUGCUCAUUCAGCGUAUGAAGCUCAUGGUGGUGGUGUAGUUGGAAUUGAUUCACCUGCAGCUUUUAGCAGUCAUGUUGGUGGCGCCGGUGAAGGACCAACUGGUUUUGGAGCUGCUCCUGUACUUUCAUCAGCUUUUAGUGGUUUUGGAGAAUCUGUAUCAACCUAUGGUGCUGGUUCCAAUGUCGGACCAGGUUCAGGUUUUGCCCCAUCAACUCUUUUCAAUGCUGCUGAUUCUAAUCAUGAUGGUGUUCUCUCACAGAGAGAAUUCAAUGCUGCUGGUUAUUAA